GUGAUCAAUUAAUUUUGUCGGGUCUACUUAAGAGGUCAUUACACAAUAGACCUGAGUCUGGAUACACAAAUGACUGCUCAAUUACCGAUAUGAGUAUAAUUCCACAAUCUCGUUUACACGUGAGAAAAUAGCAUAAGGGUCAUUGAUUCGUUGUUCAUUGUCACGAACGGGGUAUAAAAGGAGACAUCAAUUUUGGAAGAAGUCAGUUCACAUUUGACAUCCUAAGGAGUCUCAAGAUGUACGGCAAAAUAUUAAUUGCAAUGAUGAUUAUCACCAUCUCUUGUGAUAUAUCACAGGGAUCGCUUUUGCAUUGCGGAAAUGGAGAAUCUUACUGGUGUCUAUCGGCAGCUAAUGCGAGGGAGUGUGGGAAAGAAGCGUAUUGCGACACAAUUUUGAAAGCAACAGCUCAAGUGACGAAAGAAGCAAAUGCAGUCAUAAUUCAACCAGUAGUACCACCGGAAACGAAGAAAAAUUAUUGGCCGUAUAUAAAUCCUUCACCCGGUCGUUAUAGUGGUCUCUAUCCUGGAGGCUUUGGCAAGUGA